ACAGGACUAGAAGACAUCGAUGAACCUGCAGAAAGAAGAAGGUCCCUUUCUGGAAGAAGUGAAGAAGGAAGGGGCAACUCUCCUCUAGAUCAGCUUCCCUCUGGAAGGAGUGAAGGUACUCAUGGACCUGGUGACUCCCAUCCACCUCCGCUGUCAACAGUUAGAACUGAUGGAUCUGCUGGUACCCUACCACCUCAGCUGAGACCAAGAAGCGAAGAAGGAAGGGGCAACCCUCCUCUAGAUCAGCUUCUCUCUGGAAGGAGUGAAGGUACUCAUGGAGCUGGUGACUCCCAUCCACCUCUGCUGCCAACAGUUAGAACUGAUGGAUCUGCUGGUACCUUACCACCUCAGCUGAGACCAAGAAGCGAAGAAGGAAGGGGCAACCCUCGUCUAGAUCAGCUUCUCUCUGGAAGGAGUGAAGGUACUCAUGGAGCUGGUGACUCCCAUCCACCUCCGCUGCCAACAGUUAGAACUGAUGGAUCUGCUGGUACCUUAUCACCUCAGCUGAGACCAAGAAGCGAAGAAGGAAGGGGCAACCCUCGUCUAGAUCAGCUUCUCUCUGGAAGGAAUGAAGGUACUCAUGGAGCUGGUGACUCCCAUCCACCUCCGCUGCCAACAGUUAGAACUGAUGGAUCUGCUGGCACCCUACCACCUCAGCUGAGACCAAGAAGUGAAGAAGGAAGGGGCAACCCUCCAGAUCAGCUUCUUUCUGGAAGGAGUGAAGGUGGGAGGGGGAACCCUACUGCAGAACAACGUCCMCUGAGUAGAAGUGAAGCUACUGGUGGAGUUGGUGGCUCCAUUACACCUCAGCUCAGACCAGACAAAGCUUUUCCAGAUUUUCUGCAUAGCUUCGCCAAAAAAGUCGGCAUAAAAUGGAAGUUUCUUGCACGACACCUUGGUAUUAAAGAUUACACUAUCAAGGCAAUAGAUGAUGAUURUAAAUACACCGAAGAGAAAGCAGUACAAAUGUUUUCUAAGUGGCAACAAAAGUKUGGAAAGGAAGCAACGCCAGCAAAACUUAAGGAGGUCCUUGAAAAGAAAUUARAGAACAGACAACUUGCCGAGGAAGUUGAAGAAUGGAUGAGGACCGGCGAGAGCCGUACAUGAUGAUUUCAAAGAUUUUCAUAGGUAUCUGAUUCAUCUUUGUGCUAGAACAAAAUUAACUGCUCUAUAGAAACAAAUAUGCAAUUUUCUUACACUUCAUUGCAAAACAGGCUGCGGGCGUUUGUAUAGCGUAUUUAUAAUGCAUUAUAUUUAAGCGCCAUUGAACUUUAGGAUUUUGGCGCUAUAUAUAUGAUUUAUUCUAUUCUAUUCUAUUCUAAACACCAUUCUCCACUCACUACUAAAUGAAUAUGAAGCUUUCUUUCAGAUCGUAUAGAAUGUGUUAGGCUUGAUCAAAGCGUGUCCAAGUGUCUUCCCGUCUGUGCAGGCGUCCCACAGGAACUAAGUUCGGACCAAUUCUAUUUAAUAUCAUAGUAAAUGACCUAGAAUUAAAUCCCACGUUGCUCCGUCUGGAAGUAUGUUGAUGGCAGGCGUUUUAGGGUGGGUUCCACAUAUAUAAUACGCCAGUGGACCCAGGCCUAGUUGAAUGAAUAGAUUUCAUCACCUGGGCUUGUAUUUUAAUCAUAGAGAUUAUUAUAAAACAAAGACUAUUCAGUGAAAAAAAAAAAGUUCUUUAUGCUGAGUUAAAAGAAUGUCAGAGUGCAAACCAUAUAUCAGAGUGAAACAGCACUAACUAAUUAGUACAAAAUAGCACCAAUGAAACAAUCGAAAACAAAAGAAAUACAGAGUAGAAAGAACAGUGCUAUUUAGUUUUUGUGCUACUUCACAGAUAUAUGGGUUGCACUCUAUUGUCCAAAAUGUUCGCGUAGUCCAGAGCUGGUAAGAAUUAGUGAUGUUUACUGUAUUGCUUGCUAUCAAUCACGUGACUUUUUUUGGAGUUGACUGGGGGCCAAACAAGCAGUUGACUGAGGGGCAACUAGCGGAUGUUAAG